AUUUUAUGGAUUUAUGGAAGUGUGUUUGGUUAAAGGCGGUAUUACAGUAAAGUGAUGUAAUUUUCUGAUCUCAACAGACUGUUGUAGCUGUUCUCAUAUUCACCUUGAGCUGACUCACUCAUGAUAUCCACAUUACUGAUGAUUCUUUAUCAAAAAUCACAGCAAUAGUAAAUUAUUGUUGCAGUAUUGUCAUCGAGGCAUGUGGUCAAAAAUAUUCAGACAUUUGAUUUUGUCCAUAUCGCCCAGUGGUGAGAAGGACUGAUAUCAAUCCUCUGUGCACAUGUUCAGUAUUUUCCUGCCGUGAAUUGUUUGGUAUUCUGCCUGCCAGGACAAAUUCUGAUUCUGUCACCGCACAUUAGGACCCGUUGAUCCACUCUAUACACACAUACAGUAUACAUUGGCGGCUCGCUGGUGAUCAUCCGUGCUGUGAUUGAAUUUGUACUUUUUCGAGCGGAGCUAAAAAUGGAUGAUACUCCUCUCGAUUGCGUUAGCCUGCUCUGGUUAUGCUGAGACUGCUCAAUGCUGAGCUCCAUUGAGAAUAGGUUUAAAGGGGUUGAAUGCCUUCUGCUGAGGCAGGGCAUAUACCGACCACUCUUUACAUGCCCUCUGGCGCAGCCCGCUGGCCUUUGUGUCACCCAACAAUGAUGGCACCAGAGCACCACAGCCAGGGAGAGAUCAUUGUUCGGUUCAGCCAAUGGGAGAGCAAGAAAUAGAUGUUUAUGUGAAGUUUGAGUUUCUGUGCAUACGUGUGUGUAUGUGCAUGGUAAUGCAAAGGUGAAUGCAUGUGGAGUGAAUGUUUCUUUCUCUCCGAGCUUUUGCAUCUACUCUGUGACGAAGGGGAGGGGGACGUCACACAAAGAAAGAACCAAUCAGACAUUAGCUGUUUGGAUUUAUGCCAGGGUUUUUAGGCUUGUAAGACUUUAGUACAAGUGGCAAAAGCCAGUUUUUUAAAAAAAAUAAAUAAAAGCUGAGACGAGAUGCCCUAUACACCGUCUGGCUUUUUCUGUGACCGGUUGAUCCGGGAACGAGAGAGGAGAGACGGGGAAGGGUCUCUGAACAAGCCCAUCCGCUUCAACGGCCAGGACUAUAACGUCCUGAGACAGGAGUACCUUCAGAGGAAGAGCCUGUUCGAGGAUGACUCUUUCCCGGCCACCGUGGAGUCUUUGGGCUUCAAGGAGCUCGGACACAAGUCCAACAAGGUCAAGAACAUCGUCUGGAAGAGGCCCAAGGUAGGAGGAGGGGGUUAGACCGGGUUGGCACAUGGAGAGGCACGUUGACCGCAAAGUUAAAUAAAGAGGGGAUGGAUCACACGUGUGGGAGGUGGGACAUGAUUUUUGAUCCGCAGCAACAUCAAACCUGCAUGGAAAACUAACUUCUGCUGUGGGAUUUUACCUGGAGACGCAGAUCGGAUCAAAGUGCUCAGCAUCAGUCCUACAUGGAUGUUCGGCUGCACAGCCUUGAAGUGUCAUAAUGCUCAUAUUUCCUAUUUUUUUUGCCUUAAUGGCUCUAAUGUAGUGUAUGGUUCAGUACUUAUCUAAUCAGAGACAACUGUACAAAGUCAGGAUUUACAGAAUUAGUUCCAGAGAGCUUUACAACACUGCCAAGGCUCCGAUUAUUAAAAUCAGAUGAGUAGCUGAGAUGAAAUUGGUUAUCGCUCCUGUUUAACUGUUUUUGUUUAUUGUUUUUUCGACAGGAAAUCUGUGAGAACCCUCAGUUCAUUGUCGGAGGAGCCAGUAGGACAGACAUCUGCCAGGGAGAUCUCGGUGACUGCUGGUUGCUGGCUGCCAUCGCCUGUCUCACCUUGAAUGAGAAGCUCCUGUACCGUGUUGUUCCCCAGGAACAAAGCUUCUCGGAGGGUUAUGGCGGCAUCUUCCACUUCCAGGUCAGAAACACCUCAUUUCACACAGGCUCUCUCCGAGUAUUCAGGCCUUUUAGCAUUUUAUCCUCCUUUAAUAUCAAGUUUCUUGAACCAGAAUCAACCUCCAUUAGUCGCUGUGUAGCUUAAAAUGUUAUGAGCAAAAAGAGAAAUUAUCCUGAUGAAAGUCAUCUGAUUUGGGCGUUUAAAGUCUGCAGAUGCCUUCGCAUCCUUUUAACACUCGAUCAUAUUGAUUCUGCCUCCUCCUCCGCCCUUCAGUUCUGGCGGUACGGCGACUGGGUCGAUGUGGUCAUCGACGACCGCAUCCCAACCUUCAACAACCAGCUGGUCUUCACGAAGUCCGCUGAGAGGAACGAGUUCUGGAGCGCCCUGCUGGAGAAGGCCUACGCCAAGCUGCAUGGCUCCUACGAGGCCCUGAAGGGUGGAAACACCACGGAGGCCAUGGAGGAUUUCACCGGUGGAGUCACCGAGUUCUACGAGAUGAAGGAGGCUCCCAAAGAGCUCUAUAAGAUCAUGAAGAAAGCUCUGGAGAGAGGCUCCCUCAUGGGCUGCUCCAUUGAUUCUCUGGUUCCGGCUCGCUUUGAGACUCGUACCGUGACGGGACUCGUGAAGGGUCACGCCUACUCUGUGACGGCAGUGGAGGAGUGCAGGCCGUCUCAGCACAAGGACGCCAAAGUUCGUCUGGUGCGUCUCAGGAACCCGUGGGGUCAGGUGGAGUGGAACGGACCCUGGAGCGACAACUCUAAGGAGUGGGCCACGCUGUCCAAGGCUGAGAAAGAGAAGCUGCAGCACCAGAGUGCUGAGGAUGGAGAAUUCUGGAUGUCAUUUGAGGACUUCAAGAAGAACUACACUAAGAUUGAGAUCUGUAACCUCACCCCCGACGCCCUGGAGGACGAUAAGAUCCACAAGUGGACGGUCUCUGUGAACGAAGGCCGCUGGGUGAGAGGCUGCUCCGCCGGGGGCUGCAGGAACUACCCAGACACUUUCUGGACCAACCCUCAGUACCGCCUUCGUCUGCUGGAGGAGGACGAUGACCCCGAAGACAACGAAGUGGGCUGCACCUUCGUGGUGGCUCUGAUGCAGAAGAACAGGCGGAAAGAACGCAAGAUGGGAGCCAACCUCUUCACCAUCGGAUUCGCCAUUUAUGAGGUGCCAAAGGAGAUGCAUGGCAACAAGCAGCACAUGCAGAAGGACUUCUUCCUGUUCAGCUCCUCCAAAGCUCGUUGCAAGUCCUACAUCAACCUGCGCGAGGUGACCCAGCGUUUCCGCCUGAGCCCCGGGGAGUACGUCAUCGUUCCCUCCACGUACGAGCCGCACCAGGAGGGAGAGUUCAUCCUGCGAGUCUUCUCCGAAAAGAGGAACACCUCAGAGGAGAUAGAGAACAGGAUCGAGGCCGAUCAUCCCGUGCCGGCGCCGGCCUCAGCGGGGGAAGAGAGCGAGGAGGACCAGCAGUUCAGGACUAUUUUUCAGGAGAUAGCCGGCGAUGACAUGGAGAUCACGGCCAACGAACUGAAAAACGUUCUCAACAGAGUCAUCACCAAACAUAAGGACCUGAACACGGAGGGCUUCAGCCUGGAGAGCUGCAGGAGCAUGAUUGCUCUGAUGGACGUAUCCUUUAUGGAUGGGACAGGAAGACUCAAUCUGCAGGAGUUCAGACAUCUGUGGAAUAAGAUCAAGCAGUGGCAGGGGAUCUUUAAGCACUACAACGCCGACCAGUCCGGCAGCAUCAACAGCUACGAGAUGAGGAAUGCUGUCAAUGAUGCAGGCUUCCGUCUCAACAACCAGCUGUACGACAUCAUCACCAUGCGCUACGCAAACGAGAACAUGAACAUCGACUUCGACAGCUUCAUCAGCUGUCUGGUUCGACUCGAAGCCAUGUUCAGGGCCUUCCAGGCCUUCGAUCAGGACGGAGACGGUACAAUCAGACUCAGUGUCCUGGAGUGGCUCCAGCUGACCAUGUACGCCUAGAGAGGCCCACCGUCGCCCAGGUGAGCUCCACGCCACACGAGGACCAGACCUGCCAGCCUUUACCUCAACACUCAGUGUGCCCGAUCGUCGUUAGCUCUCAUCCACUUCACCUGCAGCCUCCCUCAGUCCUCCUCAGAACUCUGCUCCUCCUCCUCCUCCUCACUUUUACUUCACCUUCCUACUGCUUCCCUCCAUCUGGGCCUCAGGCCUUUUGCAUUUCCUUCUCUGCUCUUGUACUUCUGUCACCACUGAAAUAUCAGUCUCUCCUUUCAGCCAUCAGCCUCCCCUUAUUUUUUCUUUCAGUCACCCUUACGUUAAACACCCGUACGGAACUUUUCUCAGGCAUCAAACACACACCACCUCUUUUUUUUUUUUUCUGUCACAAUACCUCACACACCUCCUCCUACCAACCCAGCCUCCACCCUCCGUGUUCUUCUUCUACUGUUAUCAAACUGAGCAGCAGGGGCAUUCUUCCUGUAUUCAUCCCAGUGAACUGGGCUCUCUGGUGGACAGUAAAUAAACUUGUGAAUCACUCCUACGCUUGUUAUAUUUCUGAUAACACAACCAACACCUCCUACAGGCCUCCUGAACAAACAUCACUCUGCCCCCCCAUCUUGUUUUUAAUCACUUAUUUUUGUUAAUAAAACUAUCCUGCUGGACUUCCUGUGACCCUGCUCCAGUCUUAAUGGACAGCGGCGCCCCCUGAUGGACAAACUCAGGCUUCUUCUGUUCAUCCCAGCUCUUCAUGUGGAUGGAUGGGUUGCUGACGGGUUUUCACUCAAACAUCGACGUUCGAGGUUCAAAUACGGAUUUGAAAGAAUAUGUUUAAUGGGUUGGACUGCAGCUUUUUUGUGGUUUUUCUUUUUUCCUACUAAGGCUUUGGUCUAAUGAGUGUACUGCAUUUUUAACCAUUUUAACCAAAUAAAUAAAUGUGUAGUUAUUGGUGUGA